UUUGAUGAGUGUGUGGAAGAAGAUCUCGUGAACCAUGGUUCCACGCUUUUGCAAUACAGUCAUCCUCAUAAUAAGGCUAUUCUAUCAGGGAAAACUGAUUGCAAAAUCACUUGUUAUUCUUGAGUAUAUCAAUGAGACAUGGAAGCAGAAGGCUCUCCUUCCACAAGACCCCCAUGACAGAGCCAAAGCGCCUUUCUGGGCCAAAUUUGUUGAUGAUAAGUGCAUGCCAGCAAUCAUAAGCAUCUUCAGAAAGAAAGGAGAGGAUCAACAGAGGGCUGCAAAAGAAGCUCAACAAAAUUUGAAGAUCCUGGAAGGAGGAUUGGAGAAGAAGCCAUUCUUUGGAGGCGACACUAUCAAUAUCGUGGACAUCGCUGGUGGCUCGAUGUGGUAUUGUGUUAGAGCAGUGGAAGUACACAUAGGGAUAAAUCUCGUCGAUGCAGAGGACAUGUCUUUGCUCAGUUCUUGGUUUCAGAGGUUCAUCGAUAUAUCAAUUAUCAAGGAAUAUGCACCCCUCUGGGGCGCUAUUCUAGAGCACAAGGAAGGGCUGCAAAAGAUGUUGAUGGCUCUAUCCACAUGAAUAAUACCAAAUAACAUGUAUUUGGUCUCCAAA